AUGUUCGGAUUAACAAACCUAACCACUCCAACAAUUCCGACCCCAAUAACAGUCAAACCAUCAUUCCAAGUCCCAUUACCAAAUUAUCAAUUCCAAACCCCUUUCAGAGGUCAAGGAAAACUAUUCCCAUUCUUACCUACUCAAACCGAUUUCCCAACCAAAACUACCGAGUUAGAUGUAGCAUUAUCUAAACCAAGUUUAUGGAAACGACAAGAUGUGAUUAUCGCACUUGAAAUCGUUACUGUUGUAACUGUUAUACCUAUAGCUGCAGUUGCUACACCUGUAGUUGUAACUCUGACUGUUCCUCCUCCUACUAAUACUCAACUUAGUACUGGUGGUUGGCCGAUUAUUGAUCCUGGUUCUGUUUCCGCUUGUUGGUCUGAUAUGGCAUGUAAUUCAGUUUGUCCAAAUUUUCAACAAAAUGGUUGGUACGCUCAUUGUAUGGAUUCAGCUUGUACUCAAUGUAGAUGUCAAAUCAUUUCUUCUAAUAUGUGUAAUGGACCACCAUACAAAAAUGCUACAUGGUCAAAUGAUGCACCAGCUCGUACGAUCACUUUAGGUCCUGCUGUUGCAACUGUUACAGUCAUGGUUUCUUCUGCUACUAAUACUUAUCAAUUUAUUCCUAAUUCAAAGAAAAAUAAAUUUUGUAUUUUGGUUUUCUUUGGUUUGAUUUCAUGGUUUUCAAUCUUCCUAUAA